AUGUUUGUGGCCAGCUUUGCCAACCUUGAGGGCUGCCCUGCUGAUGACAAGGUUACCGUCUUUGAUGCAACCCUCUAUGUCGAUGUUCCGUCUACCAUGUCAAAAAUCUUGAUGACGAGUCUCACUCAUCUUCUGUGCGUCAUUCUGCGUCGUAACAAGUGCCCACCCGCGGACUAUCUCAGUUCUCUCAUUCUACCUGUCGUUGGGAGCGAAAGGGAGCGUCUGCAAAUUGAACCUCUCUGCAAGUUUAAAACAGCUGGUCCUUCCUUUGAAACCUUUUUGAAGGAGAAAUCUCUGCAGUUUCUUGCUGCCCUGAGACUGUCCUACACAACGGCCAGCGGCAAAACUGUUUUGGGUGUCUAUGGACUGCUUGAAGCGGCCAACGCAACGAAUGCCAGAGAAGUGUAUCGUCUGGCUGUGGAUAGUGAAGAUGCGUCCACUACCCCUGAGAAUCUUGGUGGAAUCGCCCGUCUCGGGCAGGCGCUUGCCGUGAUUCAUGACUUAAUAAAGGAACUACCUCCUGGCACUUUGUGCAUUGUUACCUCAGACAAUUUAUUGCAGUUUUACGCAUACGGUCAGUGCAUAAAGAUCCGCUUUCCGGAAAAGCAGCUGAAACUUGAAGACAACAUCCAGACUAUGGUGAGGAAGGGUACCCACUUGCUGCAUAACUUUGGCAGUAAGCGUCGUGAUUUCGUUGUUCAGCUGGAGGACCUUUAUCAGGACGUUUCGCAGUCUUUCAUUCGUUUCUUUGGGUCGCGCGGUCGGUUGCGUCACUGGUGGACAGGAGCCAGGGCAGCCAUUAAGAAUGCCGUCUCGCCGGGUGCCUCGUCAGACGAGGAAAAAGACGACGAAGAGGAGGACGACAGCUUCGAUGAACGGUAUCAUUCGGAGCACACUCUGUCCACACAUUCCUUAAAUUCAUCGUAA